AUGUCAGCUGUUAUAUGUAGUGACUUGCCAACUCCGCAUAACAAAGAUUACUCAACAAUCCCAACUUCGGAUAAGGAAAUAAAGCCAGAUUGCUGCCUUGCGACAAUAUUUGAUGAAGAGCAGCUUCUAAAUCUUUAUAUUCUAGGCUAUUCAUUGUAUUAUCGAGACUUAAAACUUCCGAAAUUUUAUGCAUUGUCAAAAAGUAGACUUAACCAAUCAGCAAUCAAUCAAAUUUCGCGUUUCUUCACAUAUGUAGACAUAUCAAACUAUACAACAUCCGAAAUCAAAUUCCAUCAAACUUAUUUUUGGAAUCUUACCGGCUGCAAUCCAGUUGUCGCAGUUAGUCCUCAAGGAAUAUUCCUUAAAUCCCCAGCUGACUUGUGUUUAGAAUCCCCUUUUUCAUCUGCACCAUUAAAUGGAGACAAUUUUAGAUUUGAUCCUUCUAUUCUUCUACUCAAUCCUGUUGAGCGACCAUCAUUUACGGAUCAGCAUGGCAAAUGGACGGAUUACAUCAAUGAUAUCUACAAACGCUGGAAAGUUCUUCCGAAUUAUCACUUUAUUGCAGAAGAUCAGGUCACAGACUUCUUUUAUGAGUACAAUAUGCCUAUAUAUGUUAAGUACAACAAAAACACAAUCGAAUGCGCAUUCAAGAAUGUUUCUAUACCAGGUUUAGCUUAUAAUUUAAAUAAAGUAGACGAUGAUGCCAAUACAGACAAUUCACUCGAAGAAAAAUACGAUAGCCUUACUUGUUCCGUUAUACGAGAAUUUAUUACUGGAUUAGAAAAGCUCCUUUCAGAGAAAAAUUAA